AUGAAGCUGCACGUGCUGCUCGCGGCGGCGGCUCUAUUGGGAGGCUUUCUCCCGCGUAACGAAUGCAAAGCAAUAGACACGAGCGGCGGUUUUUCUACGUUACCGGAACUGCAGCCGCCGGUUCUGCCGAUUCUCAUGCGCGUGGGAGAGGAGUACUUCAUCAGGCUGGACGGCCCACAGCGGAGCGCGCGGCUCUCCCCGCAAAGCGGCUCGCCACGCGCGAGCGCCGGAAAGUGCGCGCUCCAGCUGCAGCUCACGCGCGGGCUGCUGCGAGGGCGGGUCGCUGAGGCAGGAAACGCGUUAACGGACAGCGCGACCGAGCGCGAGCGUCGCUCCGACGAAGCACCCAUCUCACUGGACCUGACGUUUCACCUGCUGCGCGAGGUGCUGCAGAUGGCGCGAGCCGAGCGGUUAGCUCAGCAGGCGAGCAACAACCGCAAAAUGAUGGACAUCUUUGGCAAAUAG